AAAUUGAAACGGUCUCAUAUUUGCAUCUCAUCAUUUUGAAUUGAAACCGCGGAGCUUAGUAUUUUGCAGCUGCAUCAAAAAUUAUCUCAUGGACGGACAGGAUUCACAGGACCCUAAGCAAAACCCUGCUGAUAUGACUGCCUUUGUGCAAAAUCUUCUUCAGCAAAUGCAAAAUAGGUUCCAGACAAUGUCCGACUCCAUUGUUACGAAGAUUGAUGAUAUGGGAAACCGUAUAAAUGAGUUGGAGCAAAGCAUCAAUGAUCUAAGAGCAGAGAUGGGGGUGGAGUCCUCUCCAUCACCUGUGCCCACUGCUAAGCCAUCAGAGGACGAAACCAAGGAAGGGGGUUCAGCUUAAAUGACGUCCUGAUUUCAUUUGCUACACUUUUCAUCUUGCUCUCUUUUAAACUCCGCAUGCUCUUGGUCAGGAAUCCAUACCCCUGAAUCCAGGGUUGCUGUACUUAUUCACUUUUUAUUGUCUCUACAAAUCCUGUUUAUUUUUAAACUUUUGAUGGUUUUGAAAGAAAGCUGUUGUAAAACCGAUAUACCAAUUGUCAAUGCAGGAUUUGCAUUCUAUAUGUAAAUUCAGCUCCGUCCGUCGGUGUUAGUAGUUUUUGACAUCAUUUUAGCAACUUUGUCAUAAAUUAGCAAUUGCUAGUCUGUAGUCACACUGUUCAACCA